CGGGGCUGGGAGGGAGCGGCGGAGGGCUGGGGAACGGGCGAGAGGUGCGGGGCCGGAGGCAGCGCUCCCUGUGAGGCUGAUGGGCUUCGGGGGCGGCCGCGUGCGGGCCCCGUCCCGCUGCUGCUCCUUUGGGUGCCGCGCUGUGCCAGUCCCGGGGCGUUGGGUCUGCGCACAUCCCCAGCUCUGGGUCAAAGUCCGCGGUUCCCUCUCGUUCGCCCCGGCGGCGGAUGGGAGUCGCGUUCAGCGGGGCGGUGCGACCUCGGUGAUGCUCAGGCGGCAUUUCACCAGCGGCAGAGCCCGUGGCCGCCUCAGCCGGCGGCUGGCAGGGCAGUUCCUGGUUCUUGCAAGAUCACCGCGGGGGUUGGCACACGGUUCCUUGGCUCUGCCUUUCCCGUCUGCGUCCAAUUCUUUCUAAGAAACUCGAGGCUGGAGCUGCGGGUUCUGCCCAGGCCUCCUGAGCUGGGUAGUGCAUCAGCAUAGAGAAAUUAGUUUCUCUAAUUGGCCGUUUAGAUGCUAAUUUGCUUCUCGGAGCCCUGUGCCAGGUCAGGCUGCUCCAGAACGUGAGUCAAAGAGCUGAGCAGCAUGAAUUAUGCACCAAGCAAAGCACCUGCAGGGCUCAGGCUGGAUGGGUAAGGAUGGACCCACGUUGCAGACCCACCUGGCUGCCCUCCCCUGCACUGCGGGCUGCAGGAUGAGUGGAUCUGCUUGGGCAGAGCCUGCUCCUUUGUGGCUCCCCACGUAUCAAGCAGCCACGUUAAUGGGUGCCUCUCAUUAAUACAGGCUCGUUGGUGCCGUGUGCCGGUUUUCCUGUAGAGCUGAUUUUAUCUUCCCCCUCCCAGGACUGGCAUGGACCUGCAGGGCAUUUUGCUUUGUAAUGUCUUUAAUAAGCGCCGUCUUAAUGCAGUUGGGCUUCUGCCAUUGCUGCCGUGCCUGGGGAGCAGCUGUGGGGCAUGGGAACCUUCUGUUUUAUUCCCCACGUGCUCUGUUUGGAGGUGUCCCAGAGCCGUGGGGAUGUGGCACUGAGGGAUGUGAUCAGUGGGCACGGUGGGGGUUGGACUCGAGGGUCUGGGGGGUCUUUUCCAGCCUUAAUGAUUCCACUGUUCUGUGUUGUACGAGCAGCAAAGCCCUGAUUGAGGCUGGUGCUUGUUUGGGCACAGUCACACCACUCGUUGCCUUCAAACAGCCUCAUGUCCUGCAAAGGAGCCUUCCUGCACCCAUGGAGCCCGGUGCCCUUAUCUCCCUCAUUUCUCCUCUGUCAUAGCAACUGGAACGAAUGCUCGCUCAGUUGCUAAGGUUAUGGGGAUAAUGGGGUCUGGUGCCGGAGCAGAGAGUAAUUACAGCACGUCUUUGCGGGAGUGGCUGGAAGGGAUGUGGGGCUGGGAUGGCUCUGAUGUGUGUGGUGGUCCUGGGGGAAGCCGUGAGCUCAGAGCAGGAGAGGUAAUUACAGCAGCUGGGGAGCAGGAGCUCAGCUCUGUGCCACUGCUUCGUUUUUGUUUCAUUUUAAAGUAUUUAAAAGAAAAAAUAAUUGCCUAAUUAAUUUCCUAUAAAAACAAAUUAAAACAGAUUGCGAGCUGCUUAGCUGAAAUAACCAGGCCGUGAAAACUAGCUGGGGAGCUCUUGAUGGGUCUGUGGAGGGCAUUGUGGUGUUUGCAGGGCUGUGAGGAAUUCAUGCUUUGUGGGCACCUGCAGGCAGCUCAAUGUCAGCAAAACCUUUCGGCUUUAACUGUGAUGUAGUCACCGUUUGAGGAGGAGGAUGUGAACCUGGAGCAUCCCUCAGGGCUGCCCAGCAGGAAGGGACUUCCAGUUCUACACUGCAGGGUUGUCACCAGCACAGCCCUGCUUCUGCUUCCCCUCUGCUCCCUGUUGGAGCUGCAGAGUGGUGUGGUUCCACAUUCCCCCUCCCCUCGUGCUGCUGGCUCACUGCUGAGCACAGCCAGGUGCACACAGCUUUAAUGAGGAUUUGUUCCGCCUGAUUUCUUCCAUCAUAGGGAAAGGAGCAAACAGGUGGAGGGCUGUUCAGCAGGUCACAGGAUGAUGGGAAGGAAAGAAUGCAGACCAUGGAGACGACUCCUCAGCCUGGUGUGGUUCUGCUAUCAGUGUUUCUGAUUAGGCUGAUUGUGCUGCACUCCAUGUCCUGGACAGAGAUAAGAAGGAGGAUGCUCUGUGCUGUCCCCAUUCUGGUGUCAGCAGUCCUGUGGCUGUGUGUGUUCCUUUCUUUCCAACCCCGUUGCUGUUCCUGUUCCCCCCCAGCAGAGCCUGCAGUCCCAUAGUGUUCUCAUUUCCUCCACUGAGGCACUUGCAUCCAACUGGGCAUCUCACAGAGGCAAAGUGCAGAGCCAGCAACAUUUUGACUUUGCCUUCAGCCCCGUUGGAGCAGGUAAAGCUCUGCAGAACAGGGCAGGAUGCAUUCAGCUGUUUCUCACCCUGUGUGCACAGCAACGUGCCUGUCCUGGGGUUGACUUCUAGACAGGCACCCCCAGGUGCUGGGCACUGUGGUGCAUGGGCUCUGCUUUGCUCCAUGUGUGCCUGAGUGGGAGGCCAGGCCAGGCUGGAGCAGCUCUGAGCUCCUGAAGGAGCUGCAGGUGUCCCUGCACCUCGCAGUUGAACCAGACAGCCUUAAGGGUCCCUUCCUACAGUUGUGUGAUCUAGAGCUGACCCUUCAGGAUGGGUUGCAUCACGUGCUGUGCAGCCCAGGUCAGCGCUCUGUGCCGGGGCUGAUUGCAGCACACGGUUGGAUCGAUCUGCACGAGCUGCUGCUGCUAUAAAAGGGCCAAGGCUGUGUGUGCUGCAGGGCUCUGUGCCUGGCACGGAAGCUCAGUGUCAGCAGCAGGCGUGGGUGCAGGCGCAGAGCCACAGCGCCGGGUGAGUGUGCUGUGAAUUGAGGCUGGAACAUGUGUUUUCUUGGGAAUUACGGCGCGGUUGGCAGGUGGUGGGACUCGCUGCUGUUGGAUCUGAUGUGUUGUUUGCCAAACAGCAUUAAGUGCGUUAUCUCUGCUCAGCAGGUAUGGUUUCAAAGCUGGCAUGUGUCUGUUCUGGGGAAGGUAAGUAUUAAUACCUGGAAAUGUAUGCAUUAGGGAGCUGAUCCAGCGGGAGGAAGGCUCGGUGCAUCGCAGUGUGUGCUGAAAUCUGCCGGCUGCCCUUCUGGGUGCCGGUGUGAGCACAGGAGGAGCGCUGCUGGGAGAGGUGCUGCCUCCAGCACAUGCAAACAAGCUGCUAUUGUGGGCUGUGUUAUAAAUAUCUGGGUCUUACAGUGGCAGCUUUGAUGAACGGAGCGACUUGCCACUGUUUGUGCUGAUUGUCGUGUGGGCUUUUGCUUGUUACCCCCAUUAAGGGGUGAAAACCCAACAAGCGCCGCGUCCUCCUGUCCUUCAGAGCCACCGCAGUGCUGGGGCUCCGGAGGUGACGGGGCAGAGAUCGUAGCAAACAACACUUUUCUCUGGCUUUGAAAUGAAAAAUGGCAGCGGAUCUGACAGCCCGUGGCCUUUUGCAGAGCGCUAUAAAAUCUCAGCUCCCAGCUUUGUCUGGGUGCAGCGUUAGGAGCUAUUUAUUGGUGCGUAUUUCACGGAGAUGAUGGCAUGCUUUUAUUGCUGUCUGCGGGCGUGUGACGCCAGCGGGUCGCCUCCAGGACAUCGCUUUGGGACGGCUGUGCCUCACGGUGCUUUGUCUCCUUCCAGGUGUGCCAUGGCCGACACGAUUUUUGGCAGUGGGACCGGCCCCUGGGUGUGCCCCAAUGACCGGCAGCUGGCUCUGCGUGCCAAGCUCCAGACAGGCUGGUCAGUGCACACGUUCCAGACAGAGAAGCAGAGGAAGAUGCAGGCUCUGAGCCCGCAGGAGCUUGAGGUCAUUCUGGAAGUCAUCCGCAAGGCAGAGAAGCUGGACGUUGUGGAGCAGCAGCGCAUCGGGCGCCUGGUGGAGCGGCUGGAGAACAUGAGGAAGAACGCGAUGGGCAACGGCCUGUCGCAGUGCUUGCUGUGCAGUGAGCUGCUGGGGCUGCUGGGGAGCACGUCAGUUUUCUGCCAGGAUUGCAAAAAGAAAGUUUGCACCAAAUGUGGCAUCGAAACCUUUGGAGCCCAGAAACGUCCCCUUUGGCUGUGCAAGAUCUGCAGUGAACAAAGAGAGGUCUGGAAGAGGUCCGGCGCGUGGUUUUACAAAGGGCUGCCCAAGUACAUCGCACCUCUGAAGAGCAGCAGCAGAGCUGGUGAGGUGCCCUCGCAGCCCUGGCAGAGCGAGGCUGCCGUGCUGGAGGCAGGGAGCGUGGCGACGGGUCGCUCCUUCACCUGGGCCAGGGGCAAAGUGGUUUCUAGCGACAGCGACUCGGAGCUCAGCUCUUCCAGCCAGGAGGACAGGCCCUCAUCUGCAGGGUCAAAAGACUCUCCAGGAGGAAAGCAGCAAGCAGGACAGGUGCUUUCCAGUGGGAUCUCUCAUUGCUGGCAGGAGGGAGCUAAAAUGCCAUGCAGCAUGGAUGUACGUUAAAAAACCUGGAAAUUGUGAUGAUCACAUGAGUCCAGUUAAAACAGUCCCUGAGGUGCAAAGGGCAUCCUGCUGAGGAAAAGGUUAAACCAGCCAGAAUAUUGGUGGAGACCUUCAUUAUGGCUGGGGCUGUUUAUGUCUCAGCUGCUGUAAAGAGGCUGCUCAGUUCAGGGUCUGCAGGUGGAGGUGCAUCACACUUCGUGCCAUGUGGCACCACAAGGAUGUUAAAGGCAGAUCUUGCUGUUGCUUUUUGGCUCCGAAACUUUGUAGUGCUAGCUGGGGAGCAGCUUUUGCUUUGUAUUAGCACCUCAGGUGUUGCUCUGGCAGUGCUUUUCUUCUUCCUUCUCAUUCUCACCUCUGCUUUCAAGCACAAUGUGGCAGAACCAUUCAGCACCCUUAAAUCCAAGGCUGUGGGGAGCGAUGCUGCAAGCACAGUCCUGAGCUCUUCAGGCCCAAAGGCCGAGACAGCAGUGUGCUCACACAGCCAACAUGGCCAAGGGAAGACAAGGAGCUGUGAGGAAGAGUUCUGCAGGUUUCCAGCAUGGUGCUCCAGCUCCGGCUGGGGUUUGGUGAGGCAGGUAAUGAAGUCUGGGCUUUGUCAUGGAGUGACUCAUUGUCGGCGCUGCGCCGGGAUUUAGGCAGCCUCAGCCCUUGAGUCAAACUUGGAGAAGAGAGCAGUGAGUUGAGGAGCUGCCAAGGGCUGGUUUUUGUUUUACUGCUUGUUUUCAGAAGCGUUGUUUUCUGGGUCCUGUUGUCUCUUCUCAUGGUGAAGGUCCAAUUCCUGCAAGUGAAGACCUCCGGAGGUGCCCUCCAACCUUAAGCUCUGUGCCUGCUCUGAGGCUCUUCUUCCUCUUUCUGUGGCUCCUGUCUUCCUUUCCAUCGAGCACCAUGGGUGGAUGGAUAUAGGGGAGGUAGUGCACUGGUUUUGCAGCAGACUGUUAUCAUGAAGAGAAGGAAAAUUGCAGAUAAGAAAUGCUUGUUCUCCCUUUUCCCCUUCCUUGCCCCUGCCUGGGGGGGGAGAGACUCCUUUUUCUUCAGCUGCGCAGUUGAGGGGAGAAGAGCAAAAGCCUCCCUGUUCUUAAUUACGACAUUUUUAUUAACAAAAGGGAAAAUUAAACAGCAUUAAACAAAGAAACCAGCCAUAUAUUUUGAUGGAUUUCAUUAGCCCACGGAGAGCUUUUAAUGGAGAUUACAGCUUUGGGUUGGGGCUUGGCUGCUGCAGGGAGCUGAUUAAGAGCACAGGGCAUUGGCUGCAGUUCUUCUUUGGUGGGUCCCCACUGCAGGGCACUUUCAGAGGGGUGGGUGAAUCCCAUGGGUGGUCACUGGGGCACUGAGAUGGUCCGUGGGCAGGGUAAGAUGAGGGAGUUUGGGCUGCAGGGCUGGAGAAAGGUGUUAUUUGCACUUCCCCUCGAUAUGGCAAAGCAGCCACAAGACAAACUUAUUAGUAGCACGCAUCUGAGUGCAAAUCACAGUCUCUCCAUCUCUGCUCCUGUGCCAACAUGUUGUUUAAAUCAUUAAUACUUAAAGAGAGGUGCAGCAGCUGGCGGUUAAACAGAGCCAGAGCUGAGCACCAAUGGCAGAACCGGAUGGGCUCAGAGAAAAGAGGCAGCCAGGGUGCAGAGCCCUUCUCUCCAUGCACCAAAGCUGCAGCUCGGGGUGCCAUCCCCCUGCGUGGAGCUGGGAGCACAGCCCAGAGCUGGGCAGGGAGCACUGCUUCCAGCACUCAUCCGUUGGGGGGAAAUCUAUGCUCCAUCUUUCGGGAACCGAUCAGGCUUAGGAAGGAGGUGGUGUCACUCCCCCUGUGUCUCAGUGCCUCCUUGGUUGGGCUUGGCAUCGAUUCUGGCUCAUAAAUAUGCAAGCUGCUAACGCAGGAGAUGGGCAGAGCUGCUGUACGUUAUUGUGACAGGGAAUUCUCAGGCCGUGUUUGAAGUUUGAAGCGUUACCAUCUUCUUUGCCUUUCCUGCUGUCUCUCGGAUGUCUGGUUUGCUCCCUCAGGGAUGAUGAGGAAGUGACAUUUCACUUCAUUGAGUCUACUUCAUUCCGUGCAGGGGAAAAAAAAAAUCACAAAAUUGUCCUCGCAUUAAUUAGGCUCUGAAUGAGAGAGUAAUUUCUGUAAUGACUUUCUUGGUGGCAGUCUUUGGGGAGGUGGCUUUUGUUUUCCUGUGCUUGGCAAGAAAGUUGCUGCUAUCUUUUCUCCCUUUAAUUGCUCUCCCGCCCCAUUUGUGCCCCCUUGUUGUGGGCUUGAGCCUUCCUGCUGCUGAGGAUGAGCUGCCCCUCUUCCACAAGUGGAAAAAACGGAAUUGUGCCUUCAUGGCUGAGAAGCUCUGAGCUGUCUCUGCCUUCCCCUAUCAGUGCUGCAGAGCACCAAAUGAUCCCGCUGUAUUUAUAAAUAAAACAUGUCUUCCAGGAGUGACAGAGCUGGGAAGUGAUUCAGGGUUUCUGCUUUAGGUACAAUGCGCUGCUAAAUAGGAACCUCAGAAGAAGCCAAUGCCCCCUCCCACGUUUUAAGGAAUUAAAAUGUUUUCAUUUUCCAGUGGUGGAACCAAAACAUUUCCAUUGCUUUGAGCCUCGCCUUGAAGUCGGGUUCUCAAGCCUUUCUUCGCUUAAAAAAAAUAAAUUACUUUCACCAUUUCUGUAAUUCUUCACGGAGUUUUAAAUUGAAGGCUUUUUCCUUGAAAAAGAGGAAUGACAAAGACUCAUUCUCUUGUCUCUUUCACUCAAUAUAUCUGGAAAGAAGUCUGCAGCUGGAGAUGAAGCUCCUGUUUUUGUGCUUCUCGCAGACAGUCCUGGUUGUCUCUCCUGGAACCAGCAUAAUUUGUGUCCUGUUCAACCCAGAAAAGGGUCCUUUGGGCCCCACGUAGAAAAGGGAACGGCCUCAAGUUGUGCCAUGGGAGGUUCAGAUUGAAUGUUAGCAACAGCUUCUCCAAAGAGCAGCGGUGCGUUGGCACAGCUGCCUUGGGAGGUGGUGAGGUCCCAUCCCUGGAGCUGUCAAGAACCAUGGGGCUGUGACACAGGGCUGUGCUCAGUGGGCAAGGUGGGGUGGGGUUGGACUUGGGGAUCUGAGAGGUCUUUCCCAACCUGAAUGAUCCUGUUAGGCAUGAGCCUUGCUGUCCUGUGCCCACCACCCUGCUCUGGCCCAGCUGGGGCAGGGCUGGCUCAGCGGGUGCUGUUUGGAAACCUCUGGGGCUGAGGUUUGAAUUUCUAUCUGCCCUGAGUGAUGUACCAGAACACCAGCUCCAUCAGCACUGUGUUUUCUUUCUCCUCCUUUCCCAAUUUGCCUGUCUUUUCUUUCUUUAAUAAAGUUUAAUGGGCCCUGACUGCUGACAGCGUGCGGAGUAAUGAUGCACAGACGUUCUCUUCAUUAUUAUUUUUAGGAAGCUCUUAAAAUGGCACCAAGGAACUAAAAGCAAUCUCAGAUAACUUUUAUCAAAUCUCUCCACUCUUUUUCACACAAAGAAGGGCAACAAAGCAGGUGAAGGGGCUGGAACACAAGUGUGGGUGAGCUGUGAUGCAGUGGCACAGCUGCCUAGGGAGGUGGGGUUGUCCCCAUCCUGGGGAACCGUGGGGAUGUGGCACUGAGGACUGUGGUCAUUGUGCACGGUGGACUGGGGCUGGAUAUGGGAAUCCCAGAGGUCUCUUCCAAUCUGAAUGAUUCUACGUUCAAACUUUUGCUUGUCUUU